AUGCCUUUACCAAUUAUAAAUGGAGAUAAUGAAUUGCAAAAUUAUUAUAAUAUGGCAUUGCCUUCAUUAGUCAAUCGACUUCAAAUAUCUCCAUGGGUAAAUAAACGUAAUCCAGCUCUAUGUGACUAUCGUUUUCAACUUCGACCAUUACCAUUUCAAUCUUCAUUAUGUGCCUAUGGUCAUAAUAAAGAAGACGAUAAUCAUCAAGCUCAGCUAUUUAAAUAUGGUUAA